AUGCGUUGUUCCUGGAUCCUCGCUGUCCUCAACCCUGAUUUUACUUGGACACCUCGGAAACCCUUGCCUCAACCCCUCAGCGAGAUUCCUCCAACUCCAAAACCCAGCCAUCCUAUCGUUCGACGGUUUUGGGGAUAUAUACAUUUGCUCCUUGAAAGAUUCUCGAUUUCCUACUGUCGUUGGCUAGGAGUCUCUUUCGAUAAUCAAAUUAUCCCCCUACCAUUUGGCCUGCUCUUGAAGUGGUCGGAUGGAACCCGCCUGGAGGAGGUUCUCGCAACCAAAGUAUGCCGCGCUGCAGGCUUGCCAGUACCAAAAAUUAUCUCUUACGGAGACCACCCAGAUUUUCCCCAUGCGCCAAUGUCAAUUUUGAUUACCCGGCUGCCAGGUCGUGAACUUGGCCAAAUGUACAAAUCUCUAAGCCCAAAUGCCAAGACUACAGCCGCUAGAGAGUUCAAGAAUUACCUCUUAGUUAUUCGGAAGUGGAAAAGCCCAUGGGGCGAUGAACGAGUUUGCUCUAUUACAGGUGGCGCAAUCCGAAGUAUCCGGGUACCAAAUCAUACAAUCGGCCCUUGCGAAACAGCUCACGAAUUCCACGACAUCUACUCUCGCCAGCCCACAACUCGUUCGCAUCAGAAGCCGUGUUUGAAGAAAGUUUGA